AUGAUGCGCGUCAAGAGAGGGCGAGCGGCUGCGAUGAAGGAGGUGGGGCGGGCACAGCCGGCGGCGGCUGGAGGGGGGGAGCGCCAUGUGGCCGGGGCUGGGGCUCGAGAGAAGAGGAGGGCCGACGGCACGGAGGGUGCCGAAUUGGACGCGGCAAAUGACUCCGCAGAGGUAGUAGCCGGCUCGAACACGGGUGCGAUACCGGGGUCGUCGGAUGCAUGCGGAGAAGGCUGCCGGGCGGGCUUGGCAACGGGCGGCGACGGCGUUCCUUCCCCCGGCGGCAAACGGAAUCCCUCCGUCGCAACGGCAGCGAGACAGGUAGAGGGGGGGGGUUCCCCGGUGGCAGUGGGUGGUGCAGAGGGAAGCACACCGGAGGCGGGGACGGCGGCACCGGCGGUUUCUCCUCCGGGGACGAAGGAAGACCGCAGCAGCGGUUCCGGCAGUCGCAAGGCUGCUUCCACUAACGCGCAGGCUCCGCCGCCGCUGCCGCCGCUCAAGAUGCCGAACCGCAAGUUCUUGAUGUCCCGCACCUCCAGAGACGAAUCGACCACCAACCGUAGACGGCGGCGGCGAUCGGGGGGGGCGGAUGUCGGGGUGACCCCUGCCGCUUUCGCCCGGACCCUCGGGUCGGCGGAGAGCAGCUUGGCCGGCUUCCGCAGCAGCGGGGACGACGAGCAGGCCGCUCGCGCGGCCGCCCGGCGCGAGGCCAUGUCCAGGAGCGCCGCGCGCGCGGCGUGCGAGUCGAUGGCUUGGAGCGAAUCCGGAAGCUUCGCGGGGUCCGUGAGAGGCCGCCGUGGGGCAGGGGAGGACGAUGACGACGGCUGCAACACGGACGCGGCGUGGAGAGACGCUGGGAGGGAGGCGGUGAUGGGGGCAUCCUCUUCUUCUGCUGCGGGUGGAAGCACUGAGGACGGAGACGGGGCCUCUGCGGGGGGGGAGGUCAAAGAUGGCGCCAGCGCGGCGGCGGGGGGGGGGGGGGCACCAACGCGCAGGCGAAGCACGGCGGAUUUUGCGAGCGUCUCACGCGGCCAGGAGACAGAGCAGCGUGACGCUGAGCGUUCACGGGCUGGUUGCAGCGGAUUGCUGCUAUCGGGUAACGACAUCCAAGCAUCGUGGGCGGGACGGUACACCCUCGUGGGCGACGACGAGGAUGAUGAUGAGAGAGACGCCGGGCGAGAAACUCUUGACGCGAGAGCGCCGCACUACUACUGCCUAGAAACGCCCCGAUCGCCUCGUGAUGCCGUCGCCGAAGGGGACGGUCAGGUUUCAUCGCCGCAUGGUUCUUCGGGCGAUCGAGGAGACGAGCUGCUGUCACCGCGACAAGGCCCUUCGAGAGGGGAAGGGCGGCCACCAGCGGCACAGGCAGUCUCCUCAACCCGCGAGUUGGGUCUCCCGCAGGUCGCGGACGGCGGGACGUUGUGCCUGUACUGGUCCGAAGCCGACGGCGGCCGCUGGGUUCUCGACGACGACCUGAGGCUCUCCAACGGAGUGCUCGGCGUCACGGAGGACCCCGCUCCUCCGGAAGCCGACCUCGCGUUUCUCGACCAGCGACAUCGCGGCAGUCCGCCGCAGGCAGGCGCUGCUAGUGAGGACGAAGGCGGUGCCGGAGACGCGGACAGAGGACGGGGAACUCGAAGCGGGUUUGCUGGGGAGGGCGAAGGCGGUGCUGGAGACGGGGGCGCCGUUGAGAGAGAACGGGGAACUCGAAGCGGGUUUGCUAGUGAGGACGAAAGCAGUGCUGGUGACGGGGCCGCCGUUGAAAGAGAAGUCGGAUUUGCUUGCGAGGAGGAAGUCUCCGUUGAGUCAGGAGGCACAACCGUUGGGGGGCCGGAAGGCGCCGCGGGCGGCCGGGCACUAGAGUCGUCGAUGGAAGCGGCGCACCGGGCGUGGUUGCUGGACUCUCCCCGGCUGCGAGGGUGGGUGAAGGCCGAUGACAUGGUGGUCGUGUGUGAGACCGAAUGA